CAGCGCCAGUCUCGCCUACAUGACGCCGUCACACACUCACACAGCUGAUCUCAGGCGCUACUGCAGCGUCUGCUGUUCAGGCCACAGAGCGAGGAGCGGGGUUGUGUGGUGCAGGAUACAAGAAAUGGAAGAAGACAGAAGGGAGAUGAAAAGAUAAAGAACUGAAGAAAGGAAGGUUUGACUGAAGCUUCAAGAAAGGGAAAUGGGAAUAUAUGAAGCUGAGGCUGUGCUUGAAAUUGUAGGUACAGAGAACAUGCAUUGAUGAGUGGAGUCUAAUAAAUUGAAUGGGAAAGUGCCUUUGGAGGUCAGUGGCAGUGUUUUGCAGAGAGGACGGGGAAACUGAAACUCAUUUGUGGCAAAGUUGGAGCAGCGUGAACACCACAAGUAUCCGAGGAACAUUUCUCUUACACAGAUUCUGGUUUGUUAUCCAGCAAGGUGAGAAACAAUAUUAUCACCUACCGCCACCUCACCUGGAUUGUCACCUGGGUACACUUCAAUACUAAAGUCACUACAGCCUCUGUUUGGGCCACUGUCACCACCAAGAUGAUCCAUAACACCCUGAAGUCUACCCAGUCACCAGAGCAAAGCCCCAGGAGAACAAACUCAGCUGCACAGAGGCGGCUGUGGCGAUACUCGGGAUGCAGGAAUGCUGGGCAGGUGGAGAGUCACCGUCGUAGUGUGUGCGUAUUGGCUGCGGACUUGAACUCAGGAGAGGGCGGAGGAAGAGGAGGAGGCGGUGGUGGUGUGAUGCACACUAUCCACGGGCUGUGUCACCUGUGCAUCGGAUGUAGGCUGCCUCAGGUGACCAUCCUUCGAGGAAAGGAUGGCUAUGGAUUCACCAUCUGCUCGGAUUCUCCUGUGAGGGUACAGGCUGUUGAUCCAGGGGGUCCAGCAGAUCAGGCAGGUCUGCAGCAGCUGGACACCCUCCUGCAGCUAAAUGGUCAGCCAGUGGAGCAGUGGAAGUGUGUGGACUUAGCCCAUGCUAUAAGAAACAGUGCUAAUGAAAUCACAGUGGUAGUGUGGCGAACUGGUCCUUCAGCUAAACCUAAUUUUGAGGGUCUCAUCCACCGGCCCUCCUACAAACCCUCCACCUCAAACUAUGAUGCCCCGUCACCCCCCAUCCGUAGGCGUGUACCAGAUGUUGGCACAAGUAAAACCCCCCCAGCUGUGCCACCCCUCCCAGCCCACCACCGUGCCACUGCAGCCCGUAGGCUACUGGUGAACGGCUCUGAAGCUGGAAAUAGCAGCAGCGUAGGCAUGGGGACCCUGGCAUGGGGGGCCCAGGGAGGGUCGGCUGAGGAGCUGGAUGGGAAGCCACGACACCUCCAUCAUCCUCACACUGCCACUCUGAAGGGAACUAGAGUGAAGGCAUCCAACGGGGAUAACUACAUCAUCCUGGCACCCAUCAACCCUGGAAGCCAGAUCUUGAGGCCUGUUUACCCAGACAAGCAGGGGACAUUAGCUGCAAGGUUAAUCCCCACGCGACAGGCUCCUGGUCCUCAGUCCCAGAGUGGUGGUGGGGUUGCUUUUUCUGGAGGUAUGGGUGGAGUUGGUGGUGGAGGUGGCAGUAGCAGCGGUGGCGGUGUUGGUCUCUCCAGCCGUACUGGCUUCCUACGUCGAUCUAACAACUCCAAGAUAUCGAAGGCACCACCUGCCUCCACUAAUGCUGGUGUGGCCAACUACCAACAGCAGAAUGCCAAUUUUGCCAACUACCAGAACUGCACCAUUGUCCGAUCACAUGCUCCACAUGCCAAUUAUGGAUAUGUUAAACUGGCGCCCAAGAUCCUUAUCUUCCCCAUUUUUGUUCAGCCGCUUGACCUCUGCAGCCGAACGCUCAUCAUAUCUGAAGAGAUGAUACUACAUGAGAGCAAGCACCACUCGCUUAAGGUUACUGUGUUUGUCUAUAGUGACCUAAUGCUAGUGACAAGAGAGAGCGAGCCAGGCAGGUGUAAUGUUCUUCAGAGUCCCCUGUACCUCCGGCAGCUGCGACUCCAGGAUGAUUAUGCUGAAGAACUGAGAUUCUAUCUUAUCCACAUGACGGAGAAGUGUGACUGCCUGCUCAGCCUGGAAGCCUAUUCAGCAGACCAGAAGCGCCGUGUGUGUCAGUGCCUGAAGGACAACAUUGACAAGCAGCUCCAGCUACACAGGAGGGAGCCUCCCGUUCCGCAUUUUGAACAGAUGUUGGAGCCUAAGUUGGAUGCCCCUUCAUGUGAGCUGGCUGGAGUAGGAGGAGAUCGAGGAGGUGUAUGCCUGCACCUGCCAACGCGCAGCUCAGAGGGCGAGGAAAGCAGCCUGUAUCCCUCCAGUCCCUCUGAGCCCCCAACACUAGGCAGUCCUCACCCCUCAGAGCCACUCACCCCUUUGGAUGAAGUCUACAUGCCCCUUGGGGGUCUGGUGGGAUCUGACGAGGGACAUAAGGUGCCCCCAACGCCACCACCUUCCACGGAGGGUGAGGAUUGCAAGAGUAUAGAGGGGAACGAGAUGGAAAUCUGGAAAGAGAUGAAGGAUGAGGAGAACAAGAGAGAAGAAGAGGAAGAUGAGGAGGAGGCCAGCAGAAAGAGUGCUGGGAGUGAAGGGUGUGAGAAAGAAGAUGGAGGGGAGGAGGAAGGCGAGAGGAAUGAGGAGGAGGUGAACUUAAACCUGGUGGUGUCAAACACAGACGAGGACAAUGUCUCAGAGCCGCCCGACACCAACGCUCCCCCUUCCUCCUCCUCAUCUUCGUUUGUCAUUCCCGAGCUGCGCCUUGAUCGCUCCUUUAGUGCCGAUGCCCUUUCUUCACCCAACACAGAUGAAGAAGAGUACGAGGAUGAUGAAGAUGAGGAGUCAGAAGAGGAAGAUGAUGAAGAUGACAGUGACGACGCCUACCUACAACGCACUGACAGCAAGCGCCGAAGCAUGGUAGAGGGCGCCACGUGUGAGAAACAUGGUGGAGGGGGGCUUAGUGUGCAAAAUUCCCUCCGCAGGCGCACACACAGUGAAGGCAGCCUCCUGCAGGACCCCCGCACGCCUUGCUUCACUUCUGACAAUGCCAUCAACUGCCUGGAAACUGGAGGGGGACCCCACAAAGGUGGCUGGACACUCCCAUCACCUAAAACCUUGAAGAAAGAGCUGACCAAGAAUGGAGGAUCCAUGCAUCAGCUGUGUAUGCUGUUUUCUGGAAGGAAGUUGAGUGCCGGAUCCCCCUGUAGCUGUGAGGUCAGCCCCGGAGGAACCAAGAAGAAGAAAUCCAAGAACCUGGCCAAAGACAUGAAGAAUCGGCUGGCUUUCCUGCGAAGGAGGAAUGAGUCCCCAGGAAGCAACCCAGCCGGGAAGUUAGACAAAUCUAUGAAGUCAGUCAAGCCCACCCCAGAGGAAGCACUGAAAUGGGGGGACUCGCUUGACAAGCUGCUGACUCACAAAUAUGGUCUGGCAGCGUUCAGAGCUUUCCUGCGCACAGAGUUCAGCGAGGAGAAUCUGGAAUUCUGGCUAGCAUGCGAGGAAUACAAGAAGAUCAAGUCGCAGUCCAAGAUGGCCUCAAAAGCCAAGAAAAUCUUUGCAGAAUACAUCGCUAUCCAGUCGUGUAAAGAGGUAAAUCUGGAUUCGUACACUAGAGAUCACACUAAGGACAACCUGCAGAAUGUGACACGCUCCUGCUUUGACCUAGCUCAAAGGCGGAUAUAUGGGCUGAUGGAGAAGGACUCAUACCCCCGAUUCCUGCGCUCAGAACUCUACUUGGACUUAAUCAACCAAAAAAAGCCUAGCUCCACUUCAACUUCAUCUUCAUCAUAAGAGACUAGAAAAAAAAGGAGAAGAGCAAGAUGAUGAGAGGAGAAAAGGGGCAGACUUGAAAAAAAAUUUGUGGGUGGGAUACGCGCUUCUUUGUCUGCCUUUAUUUUUUUAUUUUGACUUUUUUUUUCUUCUUUUCUUUCAGUCUGUUCAUGAUUUGCUGUUAUGGUGUGAGAGGUCACGGCAAACUUAUGGCACUGCAAAGGAAUGUAGUUUACAUAGUUAUGGGUGGAUGGAUGAAUGGCUGGACUGAUGAGUGGAUGGAUGGAUGCAGACGCCCAUGAGCAAGGGCUGGAGAAGGAGCUAGAAGCUUGUCUCAUCACUGAUUUUUUUGUUUUCAUAUUGUUAGGAAAAAAAAAAUCAUUUUUUGUGUUUUUGUCCAAUUGUACUGGAGUAAAGGAGGAGCUGCAUCAUUAAAACACAAAAACAAACAAACAAACAAAAACAAACCCUGUGACAUGAAGACAGUCCGGUACUGUUUUUUUCCCCGUUCCGUUUCUUUUGAGAAUCCCCUCCUUUGCUCCAUCACGUCUCUCUGUGAAGCAACUUCAAAGCUGUUGGUACGACACGACGUCCUCUUCCUUCACGUUUUUUCCAUCAGACUUUGUGACGGAGGGGGACAAUCGAGCUGACGUCUGAGUGAAAAGCUGCUGCCGUGGCUCUGUUUCACACGCAUCCGUUUAAACCCUGCUUCCACUCGAAGCUUCUAUAAAUGGCUUUCAUCUUAGUCCGUUCAAGACUGUGGAAAGAUAAUGUGAGUGUUCAGUGGGAACAAAGACAGAGACGAGCAAAGAACACCAACGCGUAAAUAGUGGAUGGACUGAAGCUGUGAUGAAACACAGAUAUGUGUCCCUCUCACAUUAAAAGACAUUAAAAUCUACAUUCAAAGCCAGAGGUGGAAAAAAAGAAAAAGACGACUUGCUGACUUGCUUCCCGUCUCCAAAGACUGUUUGCAACAAGGAAGGAAAAUCCAAGAGGAAGAAGAUAAAAACAUCUCCUUUAACAUUGUAGCUUAUUAUGGACUAAUCAAGGAACCAUUCUCAGGACAUUGCUAUGACAGGUUACAGCUCGGUUUAUCUAUUUCACUGUUUCUGUUUUCUACACACUCAUUGUUUUUUUUUUUUUUAUAUGCUUUAGGGUCCCAACAUGCACUCCCCUGUUCUUACUGAGCAAUAUAUGAGAGGUUGCUCGUUUCACAGAGAGAGAGAGAGAGAGAAAAAAUAAGGCUUCAUGUGUACAAAGGUUUGCUAUUUAUUUAGACUAACUUGCUGGAUGCUUCUGCAGACACCCUCACGUCCUCCAAAGCACUCAGCUGAAAGCUCUCACUGUUCUCUUAACCACCAAACAGGUCCAGUGCUGUCCUGAACUUUAAGUGCAAUAUAUUAUUUUUUUUUAAUUUCUUACUUUAUUUUAUUAUCAUGUUUGGUUUGUUUGUUUAUUUGGAACAAUUUUUCAUUUUUAACGUGGAAGACGGAACAGCUUGAGCUCUGUAUUAACUUUAUUCGUUAAGAGAAAAAUACUUAGAGCUAUAAGGUUGACUUACAGCGUAAACUUUCAAGAAGCAUAAGUAGUUUAAGCAAGUGAUUCUAACUGUGUGUUAACCCCUCUGGCAGCAGGCAGCUGGGGGGGGGUGCAUUAUGGUUGUAAAUAUAAUUCUUUAAGAAAAAUAUGUGAUAACACAUUAAAAAGAAACAAAAAACAAAAAAAGCCAACAGGUCUCUGCUGGCGAUGAACGUGGGACCCGGCUGUAUCUAUGUAAAUAUGAGAGACUCAAAACUAUAAGAUGACAUGUAUUGUUGAAAAAAAAAAAAAAUAGGUGAGUGAGGGCAGGUACGGUCUGCUCUGUUCCCUGGUCAUACACUGCUUGUAAGGAGUAUCAUUAUCACUGUUUACAAUUCAAAAUGCAUCUCCGAUAAUAGCAAGUGAAAACAGUAGCGUACAUUUGGUGUCAUUGCUAAUGAUAAAUAAACCAACCAACUGAUGAUGUAA